AUGGCUGAUAUUAAACAUAGAAACAUUGCAACUCUCCAUGGCUACUUCACUUCUCAUCAUUACAAUCUCUUAAUCUAUGAGCUCAUGCCUAAUGGAAGGUUGGAUUCUUAUCUACACGGAAGAAAAUGUGGAGAUAGGAAAGUUUUGGAUUGGGCGGCGAGAUAUAGAAUUGUGGUUGGAGCGGCUCGAGGGAUUUCUUACCUUCAUCAUGAUUGUAUUCCUCACAUUAUCCAUAGAGAUAUCAAAUCUAGCAAUAUACUUCUUGAUCAUAACAUGGAAGCUAGGGUUUCAGAUUUCGAUUUAGCCACUUUGAUGGAGCUAGACAAGACUCAUGUUUCGACUUUGGUAGCUGGAACGUUCGGAUACUUAGCAGGGCCGGUCCUGAGAUUUAGGGGGUCCUAA